GAGCGGAGCCAGCCGCUGAGUGGUGCUGUUUGCCACAGUUACCUUAGCUAAAAAAGUCAAAAGUGUCAAUGUAUUCAACCAUUUUGGAUAUUAUUAAUGAACUUCAAUUCCUAAAGAUGUCCCCAAACAUGAUGGCAUGUGACAAAAACACAAGGGAACAUAAUCUUACUUUGUUUUUCCCGCGGAUGAGGACUGGCAGCGUGGUUUGACACUUUGACUUUGUCUGUCUGUGAUGCAAAUGAGGGAUGUUCUGCAACAUCGUCUGCGCACGGGUGGAAAAAAUGUAUUAGUGCAAAAGUCACCCUCCCAUCGGUGCACCAUCACAUCAUUUGAAGUUUUACAGGCUGUAUUGCACUGAACAUGAGAGAGUCUUGUUGAGAUGACAUCGGAUUCAAAACACUCACAUCUAAUAUCAGGGAAAGGAAAUGGAGGAAAGAGAUCCAGUGCAAGCAGUUGCUGCCGUUUUUCAUGGUUGAAGUCCCUGACAACCUGCUGGAGGUUUGGCUACAAGAACAGCGAACGUGCAUCGCAAUCACUCUGCCAUCGGAAACUCAUUGAACUGCCUUCAAAAUGGUUCCUCGAGACUCAAGUGUCGCACGUUGUUCAAGAUGGCAGCUUUCCCACUUGGUUCGCGGGUGUCCUCUCAAGAGAGGAUGCAGAAGAAAUUCUCAAAGAAAAGGAAUUGGGUUGUUUCCUCAUCCGUCUGAGUGAUAAAGCCACUGGAUACAUACUCUCUUAUACAGGCCGCGAUCGAUGUCGACACUUUCUGAUAAACCAAAGCGACACGGGACACUUUGUCGUCUGUGGAGCCACCAAGGGACAUGAUACAGUCUCCAAUCUAAUCCAGCACUACAGAACAAACCUCAUCAUGCCAUAUGAGGAGUAUCUCACAUCCCCGUGCUUCGAAGCGCCUGCUGACAGGACAUAUGAUGUGAUCCAGCAUAUGUCGCCUGCUGAAACCAGGACGACAGUGGACAGAAACUCUGAACAGCUACCGUCGCUCAAGAGCAAAACAAUGCUUGAGGAGGCGCCACCCUUGGCAAGAAGAGGCAGACACCAUGAAACAGGUCUACCCGGUGACCCAAACAGGAUGCUGUAUGCUCAGCUGAGAAAGAAACCGACCAAGAACCUUCGUUCAAGCCAACAACACAUACUUAAGGACUGUUCACCCGGACCUGCCACAAGUAGUGUUGCAGGAUGCGACACACCAGAUCAGACCGCCGCAAAGUGCCGUCCUCUGUCUGCACCGGAGUACUCUCUGUUCGACUCGGUGGCUCUCACUUCUGGACCAGGCUUCUCUCCAAAAACCACAAAGGAACCUGGACCAGACAAGAUAGUUCCAUGCAGAAGAGUCCAAAACAGAUACAGCUCUGACGACCUGAAUGACGAGACCAUCUAUUUCCUGGCUGGCAAGCCUGGGAGCCCACACAGUGCAUGCAUAGACACCACAUCAUACACACCGCAUUAUCAUAGUGCGAAGAUACACACUGAAGCGUUCAGAGACUCUCUUCCUGAUGACGACAUCUACGAGAUCAUCCCUAGCAUUGAACACACAAACCUAUUUCCACACUUAUGAAUGAGUGGAGGAUAUCAAUCAUGUGCUUUUAUGCGGUCCAAUAUGAAAUAGUGUAAAUGGUAACAUCUGCACUGUUCAGUUAUUAAUGAAAUGGUUGAUGAUCAACAUUUUCUGAUCAUGGCAAUAACGGCCAAAAC